AUGAAGUCGGCUUUGAAAUCAUCAUUAAGCCUAGACGAGGGAGAGCCAAUGACAGCAUCACCAUCCACCAAGAGCGUAGGCUUUGGAAGGCUUGAAUUCCGCGAGUAUCCUAUCAUCAUGGGAGACAAUCCCAGCGUCAGUGAUGGUGUUCCACUCGCCCUCGAUUGGGAUCACUUUAACGUAUACGAUGUGGAAGUAGACAGCUACGAGAUUGCAGCCAACAAGGCAUUUACAUGCACAGCAGGAUCACGAAAGUGCCCGAGAUUUGAUGUCACGCAACGUGCUCACAUGCUAAUGACGCAAGGUUACAGCAUGAGAGAUAUUGUAGAAUGCACCUUGGAGGUCCUUCAAAUCAAAGAAGGACGAUCCGAAUCCGUUCGCAAUCGCAAAUGGGACGGUCUCAACAAUUUCAUGGAAGUGACCAAACGUGCCAUGAAACGCAAAAAGUCUUCCCGUAGAUUCAAUAACCAGCAGCAACCAUUGUCGCUGGAGGCACCUCCUGGCAGCUCCGUUAUGGCCACCCCUCCCAUGCGUCGUCCCAGUCGACGACGCUCUUUGGAGUUGACAUCCAGUUCAUCAUCAUCAUCAUCACCACAUGAACAAGAGGUGGACACCAUCAUGCACAAGAUUCGAAGCAAGGCACCUCGCCGACGAUCUACCUUGAUGGUGACAGAGUCCAUGAUGAACCCUACUUGGGCCUCGUCUGCAUGA